AUAUUUAGACACAAAGGGGUCCGAGCGUGACUGUCAAAUCUACAUAUUCUCUCUCUCUCUCUCUCUCUCUCUCUCUUUCUAUCUAAAAACGCUCUCUCAUAAUUCAGAAAAACUCUUUUCCUUUAAUUUUUGGUUCCUGAGAUUCGAUUCAAUCGGCGCUCUUUUUCCACUCAUCCUCGGGAAUCCCUCGUCUUCCUUCUUUCAAUCUGUGUCUCCUUCCCAGAAUAUAAUGCUCCAGAUUUUCAAGGCCCGGUUUUGAUUUGAUAGAACUCUGACUCAAAAAGUGGGGAAAAAAUGGAGGGCGACGCGUUCUCAGGGCUUGGCAAUGGUACUCAGAUAGAUAGCAAGAUCGUGCAGACAUUUCAGAAGAGCUUUGUUCAGGUUCAGCAUAUCUUGGACCAGAAUAGGCUGCUCAUCAAUGAGAUAAACCAGAAUCAUGAGUCCAAGAUCCCUGACAACUUGAGCAGAAAUGUUGGUCUAAUUAGGGAGCUUAACAACAACAUAAGAAGAGUGGUUGACCUCUAUGCUGAUCUUUCAAGUUCCUUCACCAAAUCCAUGGAUGCCUCGUCUGAGGGGGAUUCUAGCGGUGCUAUGAAAUCAGACGGCAAAGCUGGUCACAAAAGAAACAGGCCGGCUUGAUUUAGAGAGAAAAAGUUGGGUUUUUCUUUUUUAUUAGUAAUUCUUUUGCAUGGUGGCAAAUGAAGAAUCUUCACAGCUUUGUUGAGGUAGUAGAAAAUGGUCAGAUUCUGUAACUCCCCUCGUAUCAGUGAUGAACUGUCUUUAGUUCUCGACUUACUGCUCACAUUUGUUAGACAAAAUAAUCGGUCUAAAAUUUCUUCUAUUGCAUUGUAACUCCGUGUAACCCUGGAUCUAAUUGAAAUGAAGCAUGUGGGUGUUCAUUUCUAA